AUGGAGGUGAACACAACUGAUAAAGCUCUUCUUUCAGUUGAUGGCACCGCGACGCUCUCCUACUGCAGCUAUCAUUCCGAAGGCACCGCAAUAGUUGAUAUGCAUUUGCAGUGCGCGUCGCACUGGAGACUUCCACAGCCAAAGGCGCGAGUAGUGCGCUCCGCCAGCACUGGAAAGCGACCCUCGUCGUCUGAACGCAAACCCCGGAGAUCUCUGGAUCCUUUCUCCACGCCUCAGCUCCAUAAAACAAAGCACAUGAAAUAUGAGAGUAAAAACGACGAGCUGGUCAGCGUAAAACCCAGUCAUUACCGGCGCAUAGUUGUGCUCGGCGCCCCCCAUGUGGGUAAAACGGCGAUUAUACGCCGUUUUUUGGGUGAUGAUGGAUUCGACGAACAGUACGAGCCAACGACCGAAGACUUUCACAGCAAACUGUACCACAUCCGUGGCGAGAGAUACCAGUUAGACAUCCUGGACGCGUCCAAAGAGAGAGACUUUCCUGCCAAGCGAAGACUGUCUAUUCUGACAGGUGACAUAUUCUUGCUGGUGUUCAGCGUGACUGACCGAGAGUCUUUCACGGAGAUCUGCUCAUUACGCGAGGAGAUUUUCACUGCCAAAUCCAAGCUAACCAAGUCCAAAGAAAACAGACAGCUUCCGAUUAUUAUCUGUGGCAAUAAAACUGACUUAAACACCUCGAGGGGUGCGCAGCACUCCGAUAUCUGCCAGGACAGUGUCCUCUUUGAGGUGUCUGCUAAAGACUGCACCAACCUGGAGGAGAUGUUUGAGGCCCUGGCGCUGCUGGGAGGGCUCCCCACAGAGACCAGACCCUCUCUCCAUCGAGAUAUCUCCAUCCACACGUAUCAAACGCUGAGCAGUAGAAAGAGAAACAAAAGAGCCAUGCAUGAGCCGUGUGGCGCGGUGCAUCCGCUCGCCCGCAGACCGAGUUUCAGUAGCGAUCUGCGGCGCGUGAUGGGCCCGAGCACCCCUAAACGAAGUACACCUAUUGAGAGGUGUCAAAUACAGUAA